AUGGCUGCUUCCAAAGCCAUUCUCCUUCUACUUGCUGCUUUUCUCUUUGUUACUACAAGGGCUUCUUCUUCAUCACUUGACCACCAUGAAGAACUGAAGUUAAAGUUUCAGGCUGCUUAUUCCAAAGUCUUGGUACCUGCACCAGCUCCUUCUAAGCUUCCAAUAGUAAAGGCACCGGCUCCACCACCCCUGGUCAAGGCUCCAGCUCCAACUGUUCCGGUGAUCAAGCCGCCCACUCUACCACCAGUUCCGGUUAUCAAGCCGCCCACUCUGCCACCAGCUCCGGUGAUCAGGCCGCCAACUCUACCACCAGCUCCGGUGAUCAGGCCGCCAACUCUACCACCAGCUCCGGUGAUCAAGCCGCCCACUCUACCACCAGCUCCAGUUGUCAAGCCACCCACUCCACCAACUCCUGUCAGUCCUCUGACCCCAGCGAAGCCACCCACUUACCCACCACUGCCCCCAGUUAAAUCCAAAGAGGAUUGCAUCCCUUUGUGUGACAAGAGGUGCCAAUUGCAUUCAAGGAAGAGAGUCUGCAUGAGAGCUUGCAUGACAUGCUGUGACCGCUGCAGAUGUGUUCCUCCCGGAACUUUUGGCAACCGGGAAAGAUGUGGCAAGUGCUACACUGAUAUGGUCACCCAUGGGAACAGAAGCAAGUGCCCUUGA